AAGAGAGGCGCCUUUUCUGAGUUCAUGUCAAAACACUCGCAUGUGUUCAAUUGCUUACUUUUACUCAGGAUAACUCUGUAACCCGCAGUGAAAACACUGACUAGCAAAAUCCCUCGACAAGGUCCAACAUUUCAACAUGGCCUCCAAAAAGAAGCGAACGCCAAAUGUAGAAAGCGACAGCUGGGUCGUCAUUACAGCAGACUCCGCCAUAGACGCACAGGGGAAGGACAGUGACCCAAGUUUUGUGAGACUACGGAAUCCCGCAACAGAUGCAGCCUCUCUGUACUUGCUAGGUGGUGGCGAUGGCGUGCUGCAGCUUUAUGAGGUCAAAGUGUUUGAAGAGGAAUUCCGCUCCUGGUUUGUUGGCCAGACAGUACAGAGAGAUGGGAGACUUCUUUUUGUCACACCGAUGGAUCCUCUGUACCUUAUUUUACCCUAUUUGAUCAAAUCUGGAAAAGAAGGUAAGUUCCAGCCUGUGGCGCAAAUGGUGAUGGACGAAGACUUUCCUGCAUGCACCAAGCUGCUGAGCUGCUCACGCUCUCAAGCCUCCAUGCAUCACAUUGCAGAUGAAAAAGAGGUAGGAAGUCUCAAGUUUCACCGAUACAGUCAGGAAAAAACCAUGACUUGGUUAAAGAAAAAGGUGGAAAAAACGGUCCCGAUGCUGAAGAAUAGGAACAUCUCUGUGGGGGGUGCCAUUAAAUCCACCACAUACGUUCGAGUCAAGACCGAGUCGGACUCGAGCAAUGAGGACUACCUCCGCUAUGCACAUGGCCUAAUAUCAGAGUACCUCAGUGAAGACCUGAGCAAAGGCCUCCUCCGUCACCUACAGUUACCAGAGAUCACAAGUCCUAAGGAAACUGAGCCACCUUCAAAGAAGCGUAAACUGUCCGACAAGCCGGUGGAGGCAGGAGAGGACUACACCAAAUUCAACAGUGACGACUUUGUGCGCAAACCACCAAAGAAGAUGACGGCAGCUCAGAAAAGUCUGGCAAAGGUGGACAAGACUGGGAUGAAGACAAUGUCGUCCUUCUUCAGCCCCAAAGUCAAAAAAUAAUGGACAACAAUCAAGGGGACCGACUGACCCAUGUUCAACUGCUGUUCACAUGGAACCCUUCUCCACUUCGGCCUUCAAAGUAUGUUCCCCUAGUGUCCAAAUAACUCUAAAUUAAGUCUUUGUUACUUAGAAUAUGUUCCCCAUACUAAAGUGCUACCAAAAAAAUGUAUUACAACUGAGUACCACUGCGGCCCAUAUGGACCACAGCUGAGAAACAGAUAUUGUUUGGCAGCCCAACAAUGGACCCUGGCCCUAUGGUUAAGAAGCACUGCUUCACUGUAUAUUACUAAAUAGUGGGAGGUCUUCCCUUUAUUAGUUAAUAUGGAAAACUUCAAUGAAGUGGAGGAGUACUUUGAUACAGUUUAUCCUUGAAAGAUGCGAAAACCAACUCAAAAGUGGGACACUAUAUUAUGCCACACUAGUUGAACAGAACAUGGACCGCUGAGCUUUGUGUAUCGGUGACAAAGUAAAUGAAUACAAUUAGUAAUAUACUGCAUCUC